CCAGACCAAGUGACACCUGAUUCUGAUCAUGAGGAUGGUUGGCCAAAUACUUUUGGCAAUAUAGUGUAUGUUACAUACCCAAUUAUUCCCAAAAUGAAAGAAAUACAAUUUAAAAUUAUUAAUAGAAUAUACCCUUUUAAAGGAUUUUUUUUUAAACUAAAAUUUAACAUGGAGGUUGACGGCUGUUCUAUCUGUGGAGCUGUGAGGAUGUCAAUCGUCUUGUUUGUGGAAUGUGAUACUGUAUCUGUUUUGGGAGAAAAUCAGAGAUUGGCUGAGAGACAAGGGUGUGGAGAUGUCCCCAUUCACAAUAGAAGAGAUGACAUUUGGAAUAUUUAUAAAUGAUGGUAACAUAGAAAUGUUUGUCAACAUUAUUUUGUUGCAAAAAAUUGUUAUACAUGUUGAUUUCUAAAAGUAAAACCUGCAAUUUUUAAUUGGCUUAAUGGUUUCACAUUAUCAAUUAAAUCUUGGAAAAUGGUUAAAAGUACAAAAGCCCUUAAAUUGAUACCGUUAUUGGAGAAAUUCUAAGUGAUUUAGAUUAGACUUGUUUUGUCUUUUUGAAUUUUGUGUCUUAUCCUAUUUUUUUAUAUUCUAUUUGUAUUUGCUUUCCUUUACGUGUUUUGUGAAAUACAGUAUUCGUUCAACCUGAUUGGUGUUUGAAAUUGUUGAGAUUUGUUAAAAGUGCCCUGCUUUUUGUGUACAUUGUUCAAUAAAAAAAAAAAAAGGAGUCAACCGCUGGCCCAACUAGCCAAUCCGAAUCGCGACGAAGAGGCACGUGAUCCCGGAAGAAACGUAAUGCGGAAACUUUAAAGUACAAACAAUUACAUCCGGCUUACAUGGCGCGUUGCACACUGUCAACGUUCCUGUUGAAUUUAAUUAUGUUGCAGUUUAUCGUUGAUAUUGGUCUAAAGACACGGUUUGUUUUUUAAACGCAAUGUUUGGUCUGAAACGAAGCAAACGUAUCGCCAACAGCUCGGUGUUCUCGCUUAAAAUGUGUUUGCAGGUGUAUAAAAUUCCAUGGCUUUCCACACCGACGCGAACUCUUCUGGAAUUGUACCCCCCGAAUCCCUCCAAGAUCGAGGUUAUCUCUGAGUUGAGUAAGAGCUCGGUGCUGAUGAGGGAGCGUCGUCGAGUGGAGAAAAAGCUUCAUGCCAUGCGGCAAGAAGGCCCCGGCAGUUUACAUGUUAUUGCAGACUACGACAUGACGCUGACCAGAUUCGCCCACAAUGGAAAGAGAGUCCCCACCACUCACAACAUCCUGGACAGCCGGCUGUUGGUUAAUAAAGAAUGUGGCAAAAAGAUGAGGGAGCUGUUGAGCACUUAUUAUCCAAUAGAGAUUGAUGCCAGCCUGACUGUUGAGGAGAAGCUGCCCUUCAUGUUGGAGUGGUGGACGAAGGUUCACCAGCUGCUGGUUGAGCAGAAGAUCAGGAAGGAUCUUCUCGCUCAAGCUGUCAGGGAGUCUUCUUCAAUGCUGAGGGACGGCUACAAAGUCUUCUUUGACUGUCUGGCUGAUGAGAACAUUCCUCUGCUGAUCUUCUCUGGCGGUGUUGGAGAUGUCCUGGAGGAGAUGAUCCGCCAGCACCGCGUCUUCCAUCCAAACAUCCACGUCAUUUCCAACUACAUGGACUUUGACAACUCUGGUGUUCUGCGAGCAUUCAAAGGUCCGCUGAUUCACACCUUCAACAAGAGUCAAGGUGCGCAGUCGCACGCCGCCCGCUUCCCAGAACUCCACGCCCACCCCAACGUGCUGCUGCUGGGAGACUCCCUGGGGGACCUCAACAUGGCGGCAGGGGUGCCCGCGCCUCGCAACAUCCUCACUUUAGGCUUCCUCAAUGACCAGGUGGACGAGAGGAGGGAGUCCUACAUGAACUCUUUUGACAUCGUGCUGGUGAAGGAUGAGACGAUGGACAUCCCCAACUCCAUCCUCAGGUUUUUGACGUCAUCUGGAGCCAACAAGUAAGACUGACAGGACUAUUUUUAUUUUUAUCACUUUUCACAUGGAAUACCUCCCUCUGACCUCAGGAGACAUUUGGACCAGUAUUCAUUAAGACUCUGCUAACUCAACAUAAAACAUUUUAGCUUAGGACUGAUACCAGAACAUUCUCAGAAAACUCUUAGCAAGGAAUGGAUAGAAACUUCUACAGUGUCUUGAUGAGGAAUUGUGGUUGACCCCUUUGCUAGGUAUUAAUCAUCAUUUCAAAAGCUGUGAUUGGUUGAUCUAAAAGCUAGAUAAAAACAUAUACUUAUGGUGAUAAUGGACCCUCAAAUCGAGAAACUUAAUUGGACUUAAACUUAAUCAAAGACUGUGUAAUUGUAAAUAUUAUUUCACAUAAAAGAAAAUAUCUAUUAAAUUAAUUGUAAGCUAUACUUUACAAUUAUUCUACAAAUGCAUGAAAACUUAGGCCCUUUUGCUAGUUAUCCUUAUUAGCUCAAAAAUAAUUGCCAUGCUGGUAUUUUUUGCACUUUCAACAUUUCAACCCAAUUUGGUACCGGUAUUUAGGAGGGUAAAUGGCUCAGCUCUCAUCAAUGUCUGAUUGCUGACCGGCCUGUAAGAAGCAGUGUUGAUUGGCUUUCAUUUAUGGUGGUGUUGCAUUGUAGCGAUGGGUUGGACAAGUAAGUGUAUCUCCAUUUUUUACUUUGCUUUGGGAACUCAUAAGUCAGUGUUUUUCAACUUUUUUUGAGCCAAGUCGCAUUUUUUUCACAGAAAAAAUCCAGAGGCACACCCCCAGCAGAAAAUGUCACAAAAUGAAACUCAAUAGUCUAUAUUGACAAGAGAAAGUCGUUCUCAUUAAAUACCUGACACAAUUGUUCGAUAUGAAUUUCAAAUCAUAAAGAACCAUCCAUGCAUCACUAAUUCUCUUGUCUCAAAGUAGGCCUACAAAGCAAUUAGCUACCUGCUGCCACCUACUGAUAUGGAAGAGUAUUUCAUGGUUACUAUGCCGAUCUCUAGACAGCACAGACACCCAACAAAGGCACAUAUGUGGAUUAUAAUUAUCCAUCCAUUUUCUACCUCUUGUUUCAAGCUAAGACUCCAUUAAAAUGUUUAGAAUCACUUUACUA